AAAGGGGGCGCCCGCGGAAAGGUGGUGUUUCUCUGAGAUGAAAUAUGUAAAACCUUUCGUUUCAGGUUUAAUGAGAUGAUCUCUAUCAUCUAGCCGAGCUAAACAAAUGCAAAUGGUGAGAUUCCCAAGACAGAGAAUUUAAGGAAAACAAAAUCAUCAAAAUCAUCAAAAGAAAAAGCGCUGAUUAGCCCUAGUGAUCAGGUGCAAAGGACAUUACUUAGUAUUCUGCACAAAGAACAAAGGAUUCCUGAGAGUGUGAAGCAAGGAGAGAUGGGACAGGAGAGAGAAAAGUAAAUCCCAUGGAAUUAUAGUUGGUCCUACUCUGCAAUGUCUGUAUCUGAAAUCCCACAUGAAAACAGACAAAAUGGAGGAGAAAAGAGAUACCUGAAAGCCAACCACGAGCAAGUCAGUGUGUUUUUUGAAUAUCCGAAUAAUACCAUCAAGACCUCAAAAUAUAAUGCUUUUAACUUCCUGCCCCUGAACCUAUUUGAACAGUUCCAGAGACUUGCAAAUGCUUACUUCCUCAUUUUGCUAUUCCUACAGCUGAUUCCCCAGAUCUCUUCCUUGCCAUGGUACACAACUGUGAUACCACUCGUGGUGGUGCUGUCCAUAACAGGCGUGAAAGACGCCAUCGACGACAUGAAAAGGCACCAAAAUGAUAAUCAAGUCAACAACCGUUCUGUCCUAAGGCUGGUGAAAGGCAGGAUGGAGGAAGACAAGUGGAUGAAUGUCCAAGUGGGAGAUAUAAUAAAACUAGAAAAUGAUCAGCCUGUUACGGCAGAUAUGCUAUUACUCUCUAGCAGUGAGCCAUACAGUCUGGCAUACGUAGAAACAGCAGACCUGGAUGGGGAAACCAACCUGAAAGUGAAGCAGGCCAUCACAUGCACCAGUGACAUGAAAGAUAACCUGGACUUGCUGUCUGCUUUUGAUGGAGAAGUGAGCUGCGAGCUUCCCAAUAACAAGCUGCACAGAUUCACAGGAAUCCUGAGCUAUAAGGGGAAGGACUACUUCCUGGACCAUGACAAGCUGCUGCUGCGAGGCUGCGUCAUUAGGAAUACAGAUUGGUGCUAUGGCUUGGUGAUUUAUACAGGGCCUGACACCAAAUUAAUGCAGAACAGUGGAAAGUAUACCUUUAAACAGACACACGUAGACCGGCUCAUGAAUAUCCUUGUGCUCUGGAUUUUCCUGUUUUUAAUCGUCAUGUGUCUUAUGCUAGCAAUUGGGCAUGGCAUUUGGGAGAACAAGAUUGGCUACUACUUCCAGAUUUUUCUGCCAUGGGAAAAUUAUGUCUCUUCAUCAUUUGUCUCUUCUCUCUUCAUUUUCUGGUCCUACUUCAUUGUUCUCAACACCAUGGUGCCCAUUUCCCUCUACGUCAGUGUUGAACUAAUAAGACUGGGCAACAGUUACUAUAUCAACUGGGAUCAGAAGAUGUUUUAUGCACCAAAGAACACUCCAGCACAGGCUCGCACCACUACCCUUAAUGAGGAACUUGGACAGGUUAAAUAUGUUUUCUCCGACAAAACAGGGACCUUGACUCAGAACAUCAUGAUUUUCCACAAGUGUUCUAUUAAUGGGACUCUCUAUGGUGAUGUGAUUGACAAGACCGGAGAGAAGGUAGCAGUCUCAGAGAAAGACAAGAUCGACUUUGCCUACAACAAACUGGCUGAUCCUAAGUUUUCAUUUUAUGACAAGACUUUGGUGGAAGCGGUGACAAAGGGAGAUCCCUGGGUACACUUGUUUUUCCUGUCACUCUCAUUGUGUCAUACGGUGAUGUCAGAGGAGAAAGUAGAAGGUGAGCUUGUGUACCAGGCUCAGUCCCCCGACGAAGGCGCCCUGGUCACUGCUGCCAGGAACUUUGGCUUUGUGUUCCGUUCCCGCACCUCUGAGACAAUCACGGUGGUAGAAAUGGGGGAAACAAGAGUCUACCAGCUGCUGGCGAUUUUGGACUUCAACAAUGUGCGCAAGAGGAUGUCUGUUAUUGUGCGGACGCCUGAAAAUCGGGUAAUGUUGUUCUGCAAGGGCGCAGACACCAUCAUCUGUGAGCUGCUUCAUCCAGCCUGUAUUUCCCUCUGUGAUGUGACCCUGGAACACUUAGAUGAUUUUGCCAGUGAAGGGCUCCGCACACUCAUGGUGGCCUACCGCGAACUGGACAACAAGUUCUUCCGGACCUGGAGCGUGAAGCACGGUGAAGCCUGUCUGUCUUUGGAUAAUCGGGAAAAAAAAUUAUCAAUUGUCUAUGAAGAGGUUGAAAAGGACUUGAUGCUGUUAGGGGCCACAGCCAUCGAGGACAAGCUGCAAGAUGGAGUCCCUGAGACAGUCAUGACCCUGAGCAAAGCCAAAAUUAAAAUAUGGGUUUUAACUGGAGAUAAGCAAGAAACUGCGGUAAACAUUGCCUACUCCUGUAAUAUAUUCGAAGACGAAAUGGACGAGGUGUUCACCGUGAAAGGCAAGGACAGUGAGACUGUUCGUCAAGAACUCAGGAAAGCAAGGAGCAAGAUGAAACCCGAUUCUCUCCUGGACUCAGACCCAGUGAACAUUUUCCUCGCCAAGAAGCACAAAGCACUCUUCACAAUGCCUGAAGAGGUGCCCAAUGGCAGCUACGGUUUGGUCAUCAAUGGCUACAGUCUGGCCCACGCUCUAGAAGGGGACGUGGAGUUGGAACUGCUGCGAGUGGCGUGCAUGUGCAAAGGGGUGAUCUGCUGCCGGAUGACACCCCUUCAGAAGGCCCAGGUGGUAGAGCUGGUGAAGAGGUACAAGAAGGUGGUGACACUGGCCAUCGGGGAUGGGGCCAAUGACGUCAGCAUGAUCAAAGCUGCCCACAUCGGCGUCGGCAUCAGCGGCCAGGAGGGGAUGCAGGCCAUGCUCAACAGCGACUUCGCCUUCUCCCAGUUCUACUACCUCCAGCGUCUCAUCUUGGUGCACGGCCGCUGGUCUUACAAUCGCAUGUGCAAGUUUCUCAGCUACUUCUUUUACAAGAACUUUGCCUUCACCCUGGUCCACUUCUGGUACGCCUUCUUCAACGGGUUCUCUGCACAGACAGUUUACGACAACUGGUUCAUCACCUGCUACAACCUGAUCUACACGUCCCUCCCCGUCCUGGGCAUGAGUCUGUUUGAUCAGGAUGUGAAUGAUACGUGGAGCCUAUGUUUCCCAGAGUUGUAUGAGCCAGGCCAGCUCAACCUCUAUUUCAACAAGAAAGAAUUUAUGAAGUGUUUGAUACAUGGGAUCUACAGUUCCCUCGUGCUGUUUUUCAUCCCCAUGGGUGCCGUUUACAACUCUGAGCGCAGUGAUGGGAAGGAAAUCUCCGACUACCAGUCCUUCUCCUUGAUAGUGCAGACCUCCUUGAUCUGGGUGGUCACAACACAGAUUGCCCUGAAGAUAACCUACUGGACAGUGAUAAGCCACUUCUUCAUCUGGGGUAGCCUGGGCAUCUACUUUUGCCUCUUAUUCCUCCUGUAUAGUGACGGGUUGUGCCAGAUGUUCCCCAACGUCUUCCAAUUCCCAGGUGUGGCCAGGAACACUUUGAACCAGCCGCAGAUGUGGCUGAGCAUUGUCCUCAUCGUGGUGCUCUGCAUGCUGCCUGUGAUUGGGUACCAGUUCCUCAAGCCUCUCUUCUGGCCUGUCAGCGUGGACAAGAUUCUUAAGAGGAUUCAUUAUUGCAUGAAACAUCCACUGCCGCCUCCAAUCCGGCCCAGACGGAGACGCCCAGGCCUUCGACGUUCUGCCUAUGCGUUUUCCCACCAGCAUGGCUUUGGGGCCCUCAUCACUUCUGGCAAGACGGUGAAGUCCAAGGCACUCAAGAAAAACAGCUUUCCUGCCAAAAAGUAGAGGUCCUCAAGGAAACCCCGACGCAGCCAGCUACUGCUCUUCUUCCCUUGUGUUCAUGCAAUUUAAUAAGGAGGGCGUAGAGUCCCAGGGAAGCCCACAUAAACCUGCUCCUUCACGCGCUACAGGGGCUCAGCCUGUCCAUUCUCUGGAAGGCUGUGCCAAGGUAGAGCAGAGACGGGAAGGAAAGAGCCCCCAGAGAUCUGCCAGGGUCGCAGCAUUUCAAGAAAAAGCAGCCUCCCGCCUCUCUUCCACCAUCCCCUCCAACCUUUGAUCCAGAUAAGCAAAUGUGGAACUAGGGAGAAAAGAGGGGCGGUGUCGGGAGGGAAACAGAAGAUAGGACCUAAGAAUGUGACUUUGGGUCCCAUACCUGGAGCGAUCAUAGAUGUGACAUAGUCCUACCCAGGCACCCUUGUCAGGCUUAUCUGGAGAUUAAGUCUUUGGCUGGUACUGGGAGGGAGGAGGGGCAGCAGGAAGGGCAGCUGUGAAGACUGAGUCUUAAGAAGCUGAAGGACAUUUUCUAGAUCAAAAAAAAAAAAAAAAUUGGAAGCCUGGAUAGGACAGCUCCAGGUCUUGUCUCCCCCCAACCCCCGCCGCGCCUUUUGACCCCUUUGACCCCAGACCUGAUACUGUCCCAGGAAGCCCAGGAGGGGGAUCAUGCAGGGGAUUUUUAAAAGAUCUUUUCCUGAGGCGAUGGGAGCCAUAAUCGGGGGACAUUUGUUGUCAUUCCAUAAAAUGAUUUUGAAAAGAAAUUGUAUGUACUUGGAAAAUUAUUUAUGAAAGGUUUAUGAUGCAAUAAAUGGCUUAUUUUGGAGUGGA